AUGGCUCAGAUCGCAGAGACUGCGGAAAGAUAUGAGGAUAUGUCGCAGUUUGUGAGCAAGGCAUUCGCAAAACGCCGUGAACAAGCAAGACAUCUCACCAUAAAUGAAAGAGAAAGAGGGUUAUUUUCAGUCGCUUACAAGACCGUAAUCUCUGCAAAGCGAAAUUCGCUCCGACUCCUCCUUUCCAUCAACGCGAAGCCUUCCGCAGGAGAAAGGAUUAAUAUUUCGGACGAGAUGUCCAAAUUAAGAUUAACCAUAGAAAAGGAAUUGCGAUCCGUGUGCAUGGAGGCAAUUUCAAUAUGUGAUCAGGUUUUAGAGAAUCCUGAGUUGCUUUCCGACCAUGUUGUGUAUUAUUUAAAGAUGAAGGGGGACUACUAUCGCUAUUUGGCUGAAUUUGCGUCGGAAGAAGAGAGGGAAGAGAUUACAGAAAAGGCAGAGCAGGCUUAUCAAGAGGCAGUUGACCAAGCAACAGUAGCAAAUGUGGGUGUAGCCAGUCCGAUCUUUCUCGGCCUUAUUCUCAAUUUCUCUGUGUUCUAUUACGAGAUCAUGGGUAAUACGAAAAAAGCGAUUGAGCUAGCCAGUAAGGCCUAUGAUGAUGCCUUUAAUAUGAUGAAGGGUUCCGAGGAAUUGUGUACUGAAGCAUACCAUGUAUUGCCUUUGCUGAAGGACAAUCUAGCACUUUGGAAAUCAGAAGAAGCGCGACAAGAGUGGAUUCUCCUCAAUGCUCUGUUUGUUUCAGAUGGAAACUCUAUUCUUUUCUCCGUUGUGUGUGUGUGUUGUGUGUGA